AUGAGUAUUUCGGCUGAUAUAGUCAGUCCGACAAAUACCUUAGAAGAAGGUGAAAUUUUCAUUCAAUUAGAUGGUGAAGCCGGAUAUGAUGAAAGAGGAAUGCGUAUAGGCAUAAUAGAAGGUGAUGUUUUACUUAGUCGUAAUCCGUGUGCCUUACCUUCUGAUGUUCAGAAAGCCAGAGCAGUCAAUAAUCCAUACUUGUGUAAAUAUUAUAAUGUUGUAAUUUUCCCUGUAAAAGCUCAAUCAUUCUUACUUAAAUGA